AUGGUGCGCAUUCCUGCUAUUGCACUAGCCGCCACGUGUUCUGCUACUUUGGCUGCAGCAGCAACUAUUGAUAAGAGGAUAGUAGGCGGAGAAGAUGUUGCGGAUGGUGAAAUCAAAUUCAUUGUCAGUCUUCGUAAUGAGAAUGGGACUCAUGUUUGCGGAGGCAGUCUGUUAGACGACCGUACAGUUCUCACGGCUGCUCAUUGCCUUGUCAGCGAAACAAUACAUAUUUCCUCUGUGACAGCUGGAACAGUGUCCACCAAGACAGGGGGAGUAAAUGUAGCAGUUGCAUCUGUCAAGAAGCACCCCAAUUACAAACCAGGCUCGCCCAAUGAAUGCCGAAAGGGCAUGCCGUUGUCUGAAUGUAGCGACCAGAAGGGCGCUCGGGAAGCAAAUGAUAUUGCCAUCCUAAAAUUAUCAACUCCGAUUGAGAAGAGCGACACCAUUGACUAUGCCAGGCUUCCUGCGGCCGACCGGGAUGUCGCGGGCAAUUCCGCCGCGAUAGUUGCUGGCUGGGGCUAUCAAACCCCUAUUGGUGUGCGUCCUCAAGAUGAUAAAGGGAGACAGUCUAUCCGUCCUGAAAAUCUUAGCAAGGUUGUCGUUGAUGUUCUCGCACGCGAGGACUGUAUCGCCAAGUACAAGUACCAGAAUAUAGGUGACAGAGAUACCAUAAUAUGCGCUGGUGGACAAGGCAAGAAUGCUUGCAGGAGGGAUAGCGGCGGUCCUCUUUUCGACCCGGAAACAAGGGAGUUGCUUGGUGUCGUGUCAUGGAGCAUCCAGGACAUAAGAGCACAAGAUUUGUGCAACAAGACUCCCACCGUGUAUACCAGAGUUAGCAGCUACACGGACUGGAUCAACGACAAUCUUGGCUCUAGGGCUAGCUCGUGUGGCACUGCAGCCGCCCUGAAACUGAACGGGCCCAGUGCUUCAACGCCUUAG